AUGGCCGAACUGGAAAAUUUAGACUACGCAAAGGCCCCGGUCCAAAUCCUCCGAGUCAACAACAGCACUUUUGCAUACAGGCUUUUCGGCACUCGUAAGCAAGAAGACGAUGUCCCUUUAUUUUUGCCAACGCACUUCCGCAGUCGUCUUGAUUUCUGGGAUCCCGCCUUGAUCGAUGCCCUUGCAUCUCAGCGGAGACUUCUCUUGUUAGACAACCACGGCAGUGCUGAUCCCCAGACCCUCCAGGGGAGCAAAAGAACCGCAAGAGCCGACCCUCGACGCAAGCAUGCGCCAUCGCCAACGCCUUCGACGCCUCCGUCUUUCACGUUCUGGGCCAGGGAGAUCAUUGCAUUGAUCAACGCCCUAGGUUUCAAGCGGAUCGAUGUGUUGGGCUUCAGCAUGGGCGGCUUCAUUGGGCAGAUGUUAGCCCUUGACGCGCCCCCGGGCAUGGUCAGAAAACUCAUCCUUGCGGGCACUGCGCCGAGUCAGGGGCCAGGUGUAGAAAGCGGUGACAUGCAUUACUUCCAGAAUCUGACGAAUGCGACGACCGACGGCGAGAUCAAGGCCGGCUUCCUCGCCGGCUUCUUUGGACUUAGUGAAGAGAGACAGAAAACUGGGGAGAAAUGGUGGAACCGCAUUACGAGCCGCUCUUCGAUGUGGCCGUUCAUGUCGACAAGUAAUAUCGAUGGGCAGAUCACUGCGAUGACGAGGUGGUACGGUCUCAACCAUCGCGCUGAAGGCUCUUAUGACCGAUUGGGCAGGUGUCCUGUCUUGAUCUUGUGCGGUCAAAGAGACAAGCUUGUGCCGGAACAAAACAGUAUUCUGCUGUGGCAGAAGAUCAGCCAGACCAAUCCCAACGUACAUAUUCAUAUGUACCCGGAGUCUGGCCAUGGAUUUAUGUUCGAAUAUCAUGGUCAUUGUGCGAGCCUUGUCAAUGAGUUUUUGGAUGAAGAGGUGAGAGCGCAGUGUACUUGCGAGUACUGUGAAUAUUGA